AUGGAAGAAUUUACCAAAUCUGCUGAACUGUACGUUAAUGAAGCAGGCAAGUCGCCAUUACCUGCUUGGGCACUUUCUGCAUCAUUACUUCUUCAGGGCCUCAAUGCACAUUCCGCUGUAGACGCCAAGUUGGGCUCUACGGGUGGGUCGUCGCACUUUAGCAAGCAAUUGGCCCUGGCCAAACCUUCCAGAACUUCGUGUUUCGCCUUUGGUGCAGCAAACGCUUUGGGAGGCUGGAUAAUCUUUGAUGGUGAUGUUGCAAAUGGUUCUGGUUUCUCUUUUGCGUGGUCAGUGCUUUACUUGCUAGUCAAUGGAAGACCAGCAGUACGCAGUUUGUUCUCAGGAAGGGUCUCGCCGAUUGCCUUGGGCACGCUCGCUUUAGGCAAUGCCACUAUCUAUGGUAAGCAAUUCUUUUGGCCAUCGUCAAAGUUGCUUCCUCAAUAA